GGCCCGGUUGGGCGGCGCGGUGCUCACAGCGGCAGCGGCAGUGUUUGUGUGUGUGUGGCGGCAAGAUGGCGGCGCGUCCCCCUUACCCCGGCACUCCGCCACCUCCAGGGGCGCCGCCUGUGGCCCCCCAGAGGUAUGGAGCACCUCAGGGGGCACAGGGAACACCCAUGAGGUACCCCCAGCAGAGUUACCCACAGAUGAAUGUGCAGCGUGCCCAGUACCCUCCAGUGGGCAUUGGAGGGCCUGGAGGGAGUCCUGCGGCAGGCAUGCAGCGCCCUGCUGGUGGUCCGGGCCAGCCCUACACUGGAGGCAUGGUGCGGCCACCCCUCUCUCAGACACCCGGCUCCAAGCGACCUGCCUCCUCUGGUUCAUCAAAGAGUGUGUCCCGCAGUGGUGGAGGGGCAGGUGGUGGGCCUCCUCCAGGCCAGAUGCCUUCAGACUAUGGCCAUGUUAGUUCAAAGAAGAAGAAGAAGCUGGCAGAGAAGAUCCUCCCACAGAAGGUGAGGGAUCUGGUGCCUGAGAGUCAGGCAUACAUGGACCUGCUGGCCUUUGAACGCAAGCUGGACGCAACCAUCAUGAGGAAGAGGCUCGACAUUCAGGAAGCACUCAAGCGCCCCAUGAAGGUGAAGAAGAAGCUGCGUAUUUUCAUUUCCAACACGUUCUACCCAGCCCGUGCCGAGGGCGGCGAAGGGGAUGAUGCCUCAGUGGCCUCGUGGGAGCUGAGGGUGGAGGGGCGGCUGCUGGAGGACCAUAAGCCCCGGCCUUCCCAGAAUGACCCUAGCAAGUUGAAGCGCAAAUUCUCCUCAUUCUUCAAGUCACUCGUCAUAGAGUUAGAUAAAGAGCUUUACGGGCCUGACAAUCACCUGGUGGAGUGGCACCGCACUGCCACCACUCAAGAGACAGAUGGAUUCCAGGUAAAGAGACCAGGAGACAAGAAUGUGAGGUGCACCAUCCUUCUGCUCCUCGACUACCAGCCUCAUCAGUUUAAGCUGGACCCUCGGUUGGCACGCCUGCUUGGGGUGCAUACACAGACCAGACCUGUCAUCAUCACUGCUCUGUGGCAGUACAUCAAGACACACAAGUUGCAGGACAGUCAUGAGAGGGAGUACAUCAACUGUGACAAAUAUCUGGAGCAGAUCUUUGGUGUCCCGAGGAUGAAGUUCGCUGAAAUCCCAGGGCGCCUCAACCAGCUGCUGUUCCCUCCUGAUCCCAUCAUCAUCAACCACACCAUCUCAGUGGAGGGUGUGGACCAGAAGAAGACCUCCUGCUACGAUAUAGAUGUGGAGGUGGAUGACAAUCUGAAGACACAAAUGAACAACUUCCUGCUCAGUACCAACUCCCAGCAAGAUAUUCAGACACUAGAUACAAAGAUCCAUGAGACUGUGGAGACUAUCAACUCUCUGAAGACCAAUCGGGAAUUCUACCUCUCCUUUGCCAAAGACCCACAGCAGUUCAUUCAGAAGUGGCUCAUCUCACAGAACCGGGACCUGAAAACCAUGACUGAUGUCGUGGGCAACCCAGAGGAGGAGCGGCGAGCACAGUACUACUACCAGCCCUGGAUGCACGAGGCUGUUAAUCGCUACUUCUACUCCAAGAUACAACAGAAGCGGGCAGAGUUGGAGCAAGCCCUUGGCAUUAGGAACAAUUGAGCUCCUUGUAUGAUGUAAUCUCUACAUUCUAGAGCCUUGUGCUUCACAAAUGGUGUCACUACAUUAAGAUCUUUCCAGUUAGAUUAAGGCUGCCGUAAUAUUGUAAACUUUGUAUGGUUUCUCGUGUAGCUGUAUGGUAUAUCUAAAUAAAUUUUUUUUUUUCAUAGAA